AUGUCGGACGCAGCUCCCGGACCUCAGAAUCUGAUUCUGGUCGUUGGACCAAUUUUGGUCGGGUCUCUUGUCUCGUCCCUACUAUUCGGAGCAUUCCUCGUCCAAGUUUUUCACUAUAUCUCUUCGCUCACCGAUAAAGACAAAAGAAAGCUUCCUUACCUAGUUGGCCUCAUUGUCAUCGUUGAGAUCUUGAAUCUCUCUUUCAUCUUCCACAAUGUGUGGAGUCGCUUGGUGGCCUCGCUCGUUGACCCUGUGCUCUUGGUCAAGCCUCAAGCGACAGGACCGGUUAUCCAGAUUCUCAGUGGAUUUGUCGCCGCAUCCGUCCAGUGCUUCUUUGCUUGGCGAGUGUGGAUUCUUGCUUCUACGAAAAUUGAUAAAGGCAUCUCUGUCUUCAUUGCCUUGUUGGCUGGCGCAGAACUUUGUCUAGCAAUCGCCGUUGGCAUCCAGUUCAUAUCUGUCAUUGCCUACGGCGCCUCCCCUAUCAAGACUAUCGGCACGACAGUCGGGAUGCAACUCGGCGCAGCGCUUAUCUGCGAUGCGAUGAUUACGUUCGCCAUGGUAUCCUUACUUUCGAGAUACAAGGAACGCAUCAUGAUCUCCGAGACGAGAAACAUACUCAACGCUAUCACUCGCAACGUCGUUGAGAACGGCCUCAUUACGACCGUCUUCGCUUCCCUCAACCUCGCGUUCUUCUUCGCAAGACCAAACGACAUGAUCCACAUGGCCUUCCACUACGUGAUCGGUCGCCUUUAUGCCAACGUCCUGCUGGCUAGCUUGAACAAUCGCCAACGACUCAGCAAUUCUCGCAGUGGAACUGCCUUCACGACUUCGAACGGCGGUUUCCAGUUCACCAACCGGGCUACAGAGCAAACUCGCGUUGUCUCGGCUGACAUCAAGUCUACUGCCCGGGCAUCGACGUCGGAUAUCCAAUUGUCAAAGAUCAGGGCUCUGGGCGAUUCUGAUUCAGAGGAAAGAGGGGAGAAUGUCUCCGGACCAAACCCUGAUGUUCUUAUCUCCGUUUCGAAGGAGGUGUACAUAGAGAGAGGCUCGAUGACCCAAGCUUAG